AUGCACAGAUCAACAGAACAACAUAUAAAGAGGACGAAUGAAAACGAUAUUAAAGCUGAACAAAAUGCACUAGUCUCUGCAAAAGCUAGAAGAGAAUUUGGUGUAUCUGAUAAAAAUAUAAAUACUCCCAAAUUGACUCGUUCAGAUUCAUUUGGCUUGAAACCUAAAGCAAGCAAUUCAAUUGAAAAAAAUAAGGAAGAACAAAGCAAAUCAGUGAAAAGAGAAUUUGGUCUAUCGGAUAAAAAUGUCAACGCACCCAUAUUGACUCGCUCAGAUUCAUUUGGUUUGAGAGCCAAGGAUAGCAAUUUAAAAGGAAAAGUCAAGACAACUGAAGACAAACAAUCGUCAGCCCUUCCAACCAAGAGAAACAAAGAUCCUGAUGAAGAACUGACAACAAUCAUGGCAGAGGCACGUACUCAACGUCGUCGUGAAAAAGAUAUUGGAGAUGACGACUGGGCACCUGAAGGACUUGACCUUGACUUUAGUCCAUUUGGAGAAACGCCUUUGAUGGAGCCUAUUGAAAAGAAUGUGUCAGCAUCUAGUAUGCAAAGCUUAAUGAAAAAAGUACUUCAAAACACAGAAGAGGAAGAAGAAGAAAGCGUGUUGAAUUCUGAUCUACAGUCUCCAAAGCUUGUCGAUUUCCCUGACACUGUCGAAUAUGGACCACCCAAAGAACAAGAGUUAUUUGAUCCCCCUACUGCUCAAAUUGAUCUAUCUCACUUUAGUGAGUUUGUUGCUGAUUCAGAUCCGCAUUAUUAUCCCAGUUUACCUAAAGAAGAUGUCUAUGCUGAAUUGAAAGCAGCCAUUGCUGAGGUCCCAGAUUUAUUUGACCAGUUGGCUACUGAUGAUGCACCUGGGUUGUUCGAGGACGUGUUUGACGAGUUUGAUUUAGGUUUUGCUCAAGAGGAAGACGAUGAAUUAACAGAAGAGAUGCGAAACCCAUUCCAUGAUUAUCAAUUUGAUAUUGAACACUUUAUUAAGCACAAUCCAGGAGCCGUACAUAAUCCAGACAUCGUCAUUCCAGGAAGCGUAUAA